UGAUCACUUGAAUUGGUUUAUUCCAUUCGUAGUCACUUAAAUUAGUUGAACAGUCCAAGUUCGGUCAUUCUCCGUUAACCUCCGUCAAACUCCGUUAGUGUCGUCAGUUAAUUGCUUACGUGUCUAUCAAAGAUGUCUAGUCACCCAAUUUUAACCCAGGAAAAAACAGAAAUUGACCCGCCACGUCAGAAAAACCUGACACCUCAUAUAUACACAACCCAACCCAACCCACCCAACCUUAAAAAAAACCAUUAGCCCACCCAGAAAAAUCUGCCUCAUCUGCCUUCUGCUUAUAAUCUACCUUCCGCCAUGGCUCUGUUUCCUCCAUCUCCCUCCCUCAUCUUCUCUCAACACGACUCCAACAAGGGCGACGAUUACGGCAAGAUCCAUCUCUUCUCUCGACUUUCGUCUCCAAGCAGCUCCUCUUUCGCCGACUAUGCCAGCAGCCAAUUCUGCUCGACCAAGGCAAAAAGGGAGGGGGAAGAUAUCGAUAAUGGUGGAAGCCAGGGAUCUGGCGAUCACAUGGGGCGACACUCCCGCGUACUGGAGGUGGGAGACGGACGCGAAUUCAAGGUUCGCUGAAGGGGAACUGGCAGCGCUCGAACUCGUGUGGUGGUUGGAAAUCCGUGCCAAGAUCCAGACCCGGAUGCUAUCGCCGGGAACCACGUACGUGGCCUACCUGGUGUUCAAAUUGAUGGGUGGGCACAUCGGGUUCGCGGGGCAAACCCCUCUGACAUCUCUUCUCCCAAAUCAAUCCCGCGGCAGACUAAUUAGUCGCGCGGUAUUGCCACCCGAUGAAACCGACUUCUCCGCCAUGAAUAAUCCGAUCAACAUUACGGACUAUGGUACCGAUCGCUUUGGAAAUAUUUCAUCCAUGGAUGGUGGUGAUGGAACACUCGCCGUCAAUGCUACGAGCCCUGGAGCAGUACCGCAGGUUAAAACUCAUCAAGUAGUGCCGGAAACCGGAUUCAAGAAUUAUUCAGACAAUGCCUCCGCCGCCGACCGCCAUUGA